AUGCGUGUGGUGAAGAAAAAGCUCCUGGUGAGCUGUUUCGUGGUUCUUCUGGCUUUUUCGGCCCUUUUCUCGGUGCAUAGACACAUCAAUUCAAGAAGAUCUAUUAGGGAGCAGUUUUACGCAGAUGUGUUCCACAAUAUCAAGAAAUUCAGCCCGAUCCAUCCACCUAAGCAGCGGGAGUCUGUGAAGCUCAACGGGUGCGAUAUGGGAAAUGCAGGCAUAAACAAGGGUGAUUCCAUAAAACGCACAACAUUCGAAAACUUGGACCGGUGCUACAAAUUGUCGAAAUUGCAGUUCCAGGGGCUCCAGACCCCGCACAUGGGGUUUCUGGAAACGAUUCGGAAAUCGUUCGACUACCAGCCCGAAGCGUCAAUCCACGGGGACCUGUUCCCACAGGAAGAAGGAUUUGUCACCGUGGGUGGGGGCAGGUUUUCGCUGCUGUCAUACACAAUGAUCAAAACCAUGCGGGAACGUGGCUCCACGCUGCCUGUGGAAGUCGUGAUCCCCCCGCAGGACGAAUUGGGCGAAGAUCACUACUGCAACGAGAUUUUGCCGCAGCUCAACGCCCGUUGCGUUUUCUUCAGUGACGUUUUGCCCAAAAAACUUGUCAAAAACUGGGAAUUCAAACGGUACCAGAUCAAAUCCGUAGCGUUGCUCAUUUCCAGCUUCAAAAAAAUCGUUUUCAUCGACGCAGACGAUUUCCCUUUGAAAAAUUUGGACGAUAUUUUCCAAAGCCAAGUGGUCAAACAAAACGGGCUGGUACUGUGGCCAGAUCUGUGGAGACGCGUUACAGCUCCCGUUUUUUACCGCAUCGCCAACGUGGAGGUCGAUUUGACGCGUCGGGUUCGCAACUUGGGCGACGACGUAUCGCCUCCUUCGCGUUACGUAGAGCCCAAGAAAAAUUUGAACCUUGCAGAAAUUCCCUUCCACGAUUUUGAAGGUGCUAUCCCAGAUCCCACUUCAGAAUCGGGUCAAAUGGUCAUUGAUAAAGUCCGACACUUGAAAACCUUGCUAUUGGCCCUGUACUACAACGUCUAUGGACCCGAAUGGUACUAUUCUUUGAUGUCGCAGGGAACCGCUGGAGAAGGCGACAAAGAAACGUUUGCGUCCGCGGCGCAUGUGCUGGGCCUACCGUACUAUCAAGUCAAAACUAAAUUGAGCUUUGAUGGCUAUUUCAAAGAUGGCUUUCAUGGGGUAGCUUUAUUGCAGCACGAUUGCGUGCAAGAUUUCGAAUUACACGAAAAAGCUGUUGACCGGGUUAAGGCCGAUCUCGCCAACUACAAAAAAUACGAUGCUGAUUACGACCCUGAGACUGAAUUUUAUGGCAAGUUGAUAAAGCGCGACGACAAAACUGACAUCGAUGUGAUGUUUGCGCAUGCCAGCUUCCACAAGUUCGACCCAUGGCAACUCUACCACGAGAAAAUCUACCUCAACUCCGAUGGGUCUCAAUUCCGCUCCUUCACCAAUCUUGGUAAGAUCGGCAAUUUCGAUUUGGAGCUCUUCAAUUUCAGGGUCUUGCAAUCUGCACUGUGCUCUUCAAAAGUCAUUCAAUUUGCGUACUUGAAAGAUAAGUUCAAUACUCCCAAAUGGACCGAGGUAUGUCAAUACGUGAAAGACCGUGUUGAUUUCCUUACCGAAACCCAUAAAAAAGCCGUUGGGCUUUCAUAA